AAAGAGGCUACAGCUUUGGAUUCCUUGGUGGACAAUAAAACUGUGUCUGGUCUUGCCCCUGAUGAUGCAAGUGUGACCACUGCCAUCUUCAUGAGCUCCAGAGGUUAUAGCACGCUGCCACGGACUCUCAUGGCCCCUCGGAUGAUUUCUGAGGGAGACAUAGGAGGCAUUGCUCAAAUCACCUCCUCCCUCUUCUUGGGCAGAGGCAGUGUGGCCUCCAACCGGCACCUCCUUCAGGCUCGUGGCAUCACCUGCAUUGUUAAUGCUACCAUUGAGAUCCCCAACUUCAACUGGCCUCAGUUUGAAUAUGUCAAAGUGCCUCUGGCUGACAUCCCUCAUGCCCCCAUUAGACUGUACUUUGACACGGUGGCUGACAAGAUCCACAGCGUGAGCAGGAAGCAUGGCGCUACCUUGGUGCACUGUGCUGCAGGAGUGAGCCGCUCAGCCACUCUCUGCAUUGCUUACCUGAUGAAAUUCCACAAUGUCUGCCUGCUGGAGGCAUACAAUUGGGUGAAAGCCCGGAGGCCCGUCAUCAGGCCCAACGUGGGCUUCUGGAGGCAGCUGAUAGACUACGAGUGCCAGCUCUUUGGGAAGUCGACAGUGAAGAUGGUGCAGACACCUUAUGGCGUAGUUCCAGACGUUUACGAGAAAGAGUCCCGACACCUGAUGCCUUACUGGGGGAUGUAAUGCUGCCGAGGCCCGCAGCAGCCGCAGCCCCUGUGCAGUACCAGCAUCUGCUAGCACCGUCUGCUCCCUUCAUCUUUUCAAGUGGUUUACUUCUGGUUCUCCCUCAAGUGUUUUUACACUGAGUGCUCAAAUUUAUUUUAAGAGAUAGGGAGGGGACAUAAAGGGAUUCGUCUUAGUAACAUUUUUAAAACUAGCAUUUUGAAAUAGUGUUUAUGAAAAUCUUGAACUGGCUUUUAAUCAUUUUUAACAAUUUGAACAGUUUACUAAACUGUUUCGGCUUUAUUCUGACUUCCUUGCCUUUUGGCAACAUGGCAGGAGGAGCGCAGUGCAAAAUUCUCUCUGGCUGGGCUUUGCCCAGAGUGCCCACCAAACACGCUUAGUUAGGGAAGACUGAUAGACAGCGUCUCUCCUGGAUUAACCCUUUCCUUUCCUCUCUAUUAUUUAGUGAGUCUGUAAGUUAAAUACACUUUUAUUAUUUAGUUGAUAAGUAAUUAUAAUGAAAUCUGCUGCAAAAACUCUUGAAAUCAAUGUGCCCCAGAAUUAUAUGAGCAUUAUUUUUAAUAAAUAU